AUGUCGUCAUCACCCAUCAUCGACGCCAACCUGAGGGCGACGGCCCUCGUCGUCACCGUCGCCGCCACCGGCCUACACGGCAGCGUGCUAUCCGACAGCGUCGGCGGUGGACACCAGACCGCCAUCUUGGCCUGGACCGUGUCCGUCGUGGCAUGGUGCUGGGUCGCGAGCCUGUACGGCCUGGCGUCCCUCUGCGCGACCGUGCUCGCGUCGGCGCCCCUGGUCCAGCUGGCCCUGGACGGCGUCGCCUCCCUCGCCACCCUCGCCGACGCCAUCGCCCUGUCGGCCGUGCUGGGCGUCGUCGACUGCGGGGACAUCAGCAGCGCCACGGAGAGCGACUGGAUCGGCUUCGGCUCGGCAGACACCGAGCAUCGCUGCCGCAUGGUCCAGGCCGGCACCGUCCUGAUCUGGAUCCUCUGCGUACUCUUCUCCCUCAUCGCCUUCUUCACCUUCCGCUCGUGGCGUGUCCGUGCGGCCGGACGGAGGUCUCCUCCUGGCCGUCCCAACAUGUCCCAGCCCGUGUAG